AUGAAGACAAUUAAGAGUACUGGAUAUUUUCCAAUCACGUCAAGCUUUGUCCGCCUACUAACAUGUGCAGUUAUAUUCGUGACUCUAGUAGACCAAAGUGAAAAGACAACUGGUCAACGAAAGAGGAUUGUCAAUAUCAUUGACCACUUACUAAUUAAUAAAAAGCCCGAUGAAGAUCUAAAAUCCGCAGUUGUAACUUUUCGUGCGUUAAUGCAAGACCGACCUAUUACUUUCAACAUGGCUGAUUUUGUCAAUGUAAAUUACUCUUUUCUCGUAUCACUUACUUCAGUACUAGUUACAUACACGAUCAUAUUAUUGCAAAAUGUGAAUUAA